UAAAACAACUCCGCUAGUUUUGUGCAGAGUGUGAAGAAAGCGAUUGUUGUUACACACAAGUCGCAUUAAAAAUCUUCAACUUCAAUCAAUUUGUGUUGUCUGUCUUCAUUCAAGUGGAGAUGGUGGGGAUCAAGAGAGAUACUGUGCAGAUGAGGAAAGCUGAGAAAAAAAUUGCAAAGGGAAAGAAAGGCAAAGAAAGAUUCGAUGAAAUUGAUGAUGAAGAAACUCGUGUGGUACCAUGGCCUAAGCUUAUUAGAAUUCGUGGUCCAAUGACACUUGUCUCACGUCGCAUUUCAUGUCGCAUGGAAAAAUUAGAAAAUAAAAAGGCUUGUGUUAGAGAGGAAGGAUUAUCGGCUUUUAUUAAAAUCUUUCACGACGGAGAUCAAGAAGAAAAUGAAGAAGUUCUAGACAGUAUUUUGGAAAACUACUUCCUCACUUACUUGGACCAAAUGUUAAAUUGCCUUAAAAAAGGUUUGACUAAAGAGAAACAAUUGGCUUCUCAAGCUCUUGGGUUAUUGGCAAUAUAUGUUGUUGAGACUGAGAAUGCAGAUGAAAUAUACAGAUACACAACUUCUCUAGUUACUGAACUGCUUCGAGUUCCCAACAAGCUUUUGGAACCAUGUGGCUUUAUUGCGCUUAUAGAGUGUUUGGCCAUAGUCACAUUUUUCUGUGCAAGCAAUACAGUGGAAAUUCAAGCAGCCAUGCAAGUGAUUUGGGAAUAUAUUUGUCCUAAAUCCAAGGUUGGUGCACAUAAAAACCAAGUCUCUGCUACUACUCUAUCAACAUUAAUUUAUAGUUGGAUGUUUUUACUUACAAGAGUAUAUAGGUUGGAAAUCAUCUUCGCUUGGCAAGGGGUAAUUUCUUGGUUCUUGACAUUACUCAAAGAAGAUGCAACUUGCGUUGCUGCUGGUGAAGCAUUAGCUUUGAUAUUUGAGUAUGAUAAAGUUGACAGAUUUUUUGUUAAAACUGAAGAAUUAUUAUCAGAGUCUUAUGAUGGAUUAAGAAAAUACAUUAAAAACAUCAUUUUGAAGCAACUAGAGAGUACUUCAAUGGAAGCUAAAACUGGACCUCCUCUGAAACAAAUGUUCAACAAUGCUGCUAGAACCGACUGGGACGUCUUAAUGUACUUUAAGGAAGAUAAACGUCCAAAAUAUUAUGAAACAUUUUAUGAACAAAAAUUAAUUCUAACAUCAUGGUCUUCAAUUACACAGCUCAAAUUCAUCAAGAAUUUUCUGGGAGAAGAAGAAUUUUCAAAUUAUUUGAUGGAAAACGAAGUCAUUCAAGAAUUAUUUGCAUUUGAACCUUAUUAUGAAGAGGAAGAAACUCCAACCCUAUAUGAACCUACCUUUGAAAAGAUUGAAACAAGGGUAUAUCUCCCUGGUACUCGAGGGAAAGAUCCUGAACUAUUAACAAAAAGUCAAAUAAAGAAAGAGCGAGAACAGACAAAGUCAAUUAUUGAUAAAUCGAAGACCAAACUUAUGAAUAAAAGGCGCACAUUUGCAGAGGAGAGAAAAGGCAAGGGAUAUUUCGAAGAGGUUGUGAGUGCAGUAUCUCUGUUUGGACUACUUUCUUAGUUUCUUUUUUCUAAUUAAUUAAUAUUUAAUUUUGUACAUGAUAAACUUUGGAAUAAUCCUUUGGAUUUUCAGUUAUUGAGUAUUGUUAGAUUAGUGAUUUUUCUCAUAAUUAAGAGUGUUACAGUUAUAUUAUACUCUUAAAUAGUGACCCUGUAAUUUAAGUCUUUAACCUUAAUAGAUUUUAAAAUUUUAAUUUGGUUCUUUCAUGUUUUACUUAGCUUGUUUGAAGUUUCAAGAAUCAAUCCAAUAAUUUACCUUAUUCGGAAGAUUGUUA